AUGGCCCUAAAGACACCCCAGGGUGGUCCAAAGACAAAGGGGCCCACCUCAGGGGGACCUCCCUCCCUCACAGGCAUUCCCGGUCCAGGCAGCACAUACCAGCGCCGCUCUCUCUUACCCUCAGCCGCCUCGACCACAAAGGCGUUUCAGAACAUGACCCAAGAACAGCAAUCACUCCUUGCUGAAGCCAUCUCAGCGCACAAUCCUGGCAUCGCCAGCGCCAACCGGAGGCGAACAGAGUCCAUAGGAUCAGAUUCAGGGAUAGCAGGAGCUUCAGGAACCACAAACGGGGCAAGCUCGCCCACCGGUCUCGCUUCUCCUUUAUACGUUCGUUCUCCCCAGGGACGACGCCCCAGCACCUCACGCGUCAGCUCAAGCGCAGGAGGCGCUUUCUCCGCCAUAUCCCCCCUCACCACCUCGGCACUCCAACAAGCCUUCUCAGCCUCUUCUUCUUUAACUUCUCCUUCGACCUCUUCGACCUCUUCGCCCACAACACCUUUCCGCCAGUCAGCAGGCACCUCCUCGGGCGCAGCAUCUGGUCUUUCGACACCUCGCUUAUCCAAGCAGCCCGGGUUUCAGCGGCCGACGGGGGCUGGCCCUUCAGGAAUGACCGCUAGAAACACAACCCCAGGCACCAAUGGCGCUUUGUCAACCAUCCCUGGAUCCCCAGCACAGAACAAGCUCCCUGUGUCGCCCGAGGGCCUCGAGCUCGGCGACAGAGUAGCAGUCGAGAGUAUGGGCUUGACAGGAUACCUUCGCUUCGUCGGACCAGCUCAGUUCAAGACUGGAAUCUGGGCAGGAAUCGAGCUCGACACCCCAACAGGAAAGAACGACGGCACAGUGGCCGGAGUGUCAUAUUUCAGCUGUCGUCCAAAUUGCGGAAUCUUUGUCCUAGCGGCCAAGAUCGUCAAGACCGAACUCCUCCUGCCCUUCUCGCCAACACCAACAGCCACUGCCUCAGCAAUCACCCAAAUACCCUCUGCCCGCGAGAAUGCACAGCCAACACCACCGCCACAGCCGACACUCGACCAUGCUGCCCAAGCAGCCUCCAGGAUUACUGCUGGUUCCAGAGCAUCAAAGUAUAUCGGAGUCACCGCCAACCAACUCAAACAGCGUAAUGUGAUGCCCCAACCUGCCAACUCACGCCUGUCUGCACAGCAACAAAAUGGUGCCGCGCAAGAGUCUCCAGGAUCCCCUUCAACGAACAGAACCCUCUCAUUGACGUCGACCAGUCCUCAAACAACCUCACCGACACCCUCUGCGUCCAAUAUGAGGUCUGGUCUGGGCUCACGCCUGUCUCACCCUGGCAACAAAACUCAGGCAACCAAGGCUAGUGCAUACUCCAGGUCAGGACCAACAACAUCUCCUUCUGGCUCAGUCUCUAGUCGACCUCGUACUUCCCCAACGCCUGGACGACUGAUGAGCUCGCCCAGGAGACUCUCUUCGCGCUCCUCUGACUAUUCCGAUACCAACGGUAGCGUCAGCUCCAACACCAACUCGGUGCUCCCGCCUAGCCUGCUCGAUCAAGCCACCCUAAUUCAAAUGGCCGAGUCUCCUCAAGGCAACCUGGCAACGAAGCUACAACAACUUCAGCUUGAUUUCGGCGUGGCCGUCGCCGAGAACAACAUGCUCAAGACUGAGAUGAACCAGACUAAGAGCCAACUGGAAAUGACACGGCUACUCGAAAAGCGAGAUCUCUCCUAUGACGAGCGUGUCUUCCUGAGCAAGAGUCUAGGUCGAGGAGGCAUUGACGAGCGACUGGGACUGGAACUCGAGGAGCUUCAUUCCAUGAAGGAGGAAUGGGAGAAGGAAAAGCUGGUCAAGGAUCAGGAGAUCAAAUCUAUGACGGAAAAGAUGACGCAGGCUUGGUUGGAUGCAGCAAGGUGGAUGAAGGAACGAGCAGCCCUUACCCAAGAGAAGGUCGACUUGACGGAAAAAGUGCAAGAUCUUCUGCAACAGCAACAGCAACAGCAGCAACAAUCACAAUCUUCCGUUAAUAGUCUCGGUCGCGAGGAGCAACAAGUACUGAUCGAGACGGCCACCAAGCACUUGCAUGAUGCAGAUGAAAAGAUCUCUACGCUUGAGAUCAAACUGCAGGAGUUUCAGGCUCAGGCCGUGGAGGACGACGCCAAAGUGAGGACCGCAGAGGAAUCGCUCAACACAAGCACCGCCCAAUGGGCCGAGCAGCUAAUUCGCCUGGAGGAAGAACGAGACGCCCUUCAGGCUCGUUUAGAGGAUCUGGAGUUGGUGCUGAAGGUGACGACAGACUCCCUUCGUUCCAAGCUGGAGGCGGCUCUACGAGACGCGACCCAUUCUGAGGAGCAACUUCAUGAGGUGCAAGCUCGACUGGAUCACGAGGCGGAGAUUCGACGGACCAAGGAGACAGAGGCAGAGACCAAGCUGCGCCAGGCAGAUGCUGACCUUCAAGAGUCACAGUUCCUCUUGGCCAAGAACGAGAAGCUGAUCAAGUCACUGGAGGAGAAGGCCAAGGAUUAUGAGGCAUCCAUCUCGAAGCGGGAGCAGGAGAUCAUCAGCCUCAAAUCGGAGCUGGAAGACCUUGCAGGCUUGGUUCAGAGCGAUGAAGUCGACCGUAUGCGCAAAGUCUGGGAGCACGAGAAGAGACGUUUGGAGGAGGCGAUUGCAGAGGACAUUACCGUCAUUGGUGGCCUUCGUUCCGAGAUUGACGUGCUAGAGAACAACGAGGAAGAUCUUCUCCUAAAGAUGACCGAGCUAGAGGAGACUGUGAUCGAUUUGAACGAGGCCAAGGAGGCGCUGGAGACGGAAGUCGGACAGCUUCGAGAUCAGUGGAUUGAAGCAAAGGACCAGUUUUCAAAGGAGCGCUCCGCCUUGGAGUCCAAGGUCGCUGAGGUCGAGAAGGCCUCCGAAACGAGUGUCGCAGAGAUGAAGGAGAAGAUGGACAGUUUGGAGGCUGUUGCGUCGACAGUCGAGAUGUGGAAGGGGCAGUGCGAGGCGAUGCAGCUCGAGGUCAUCCAAAUGAAUGCCAAGAUCGAGGAUUCAGGAUUCGAGUUGACUGAGGCUCAGGCGCAGCGCGACUCUUUCAAGCAGGAAGCGGAAGCGGUCAGAAAGGAGCUCGAGGAUAGGAUCUCGCAACUCCAUUCAGACCACGCCAAGGACAUUGCAGCAAUCCAGAAGGAGCAUAAUGCUACGCAAGGCGAAAAGUCUCAAUUGGCCGACAAGGUCUCAGAGCUCGAGGCUGCCUUAGCCUUGGCCAUUUCGACGCCUGCCCAGGUUGUGACCAAGAGCGAAGGCGAGUCGGGUGCUCUUGAGACUGCUACGUUGCGGCCGGAUCUGGAGGAGGAAAUUGCCAAUCUGAAGCUCAUGGUCCAUGACUUGACCCGCGAGAAUGUCACUGUUGGCAACGUCAACAAGAAGCUGAUGCAGGAGCAUGACAACCUUAUGGAGGCCCACAAGCACGUCGAAACUGAGUGCCUCAAGCUGAUGGACGAGGUUGAGCGUCUUCACGCGGAGAGUCUGGCAAAUGAAGUUGGAUCUGAGGCGACCGAGGACAAGGAUGAGCUGGAUCAGAUGGGGAGCUCAGAGCCCAGUGAAGCAGACAAGGAUAGCACAGUCGAAAGCCUCGCAGUAGCAGCCGCACAGUCUCAAUCUGUCAUCCGACUCGAGGGACUUUUGAAGGAGAAGCAAGCACUGCUGGACCGGCUGACCAAAGCCCAUGCUUCAGAGAUGCGGGACCUUCGCCAGCGAUAUGUGGAUUUGGAUCGCACCAAGGCAUACGAGGUUGGCCAGUUGAACAAGGAGUUGACGGAGUUGGAGUCGUUGAUCGAGAGCAAAAUCUUCCACGAGGCCGAUCUCGAGGAGGAAGUCCAGCGGAAGGAGAAGCAGAUUGAUCGUCUCCAGCAUGAAAUCUCGGACCUGAAGAGGCAGCUUUCGGCGACACCCAGCGGGCCAAGCAGUUCACCGUAUAUGUCGACCAGUCGUUCAACGCUGUCCAGGAACCACCAGCCUCAGGAUGCUCAACACUCCCCUUUGGCGGUGCCUGUACGAACCCAAUCGCUCAAGGCCUCUUCACCAGUGGCAAAGCCGGUGGACGACGAGGUCUUGUUUUGUGAGAUUUGCGAGAUCGAAGGCCACGACAUUAUCAGCUGCAAGGCCGUGUUCAGUGCGAACAAGACUGACAUGAGGAGGUAUGAAUCGUCCUCGUCCAUCAGCAGCACGCCUGUUCCUUCCGAGAUGGAGGAUGACCGCCCAUAUUGCGAGAAUUGUGAAGAGUUUGGGCUCCAUUACACGGACGAGUGUCCCAACGAAUCGCUAACAGGCCGCGUUUGGGAUUGA